GUAUGCUUCAUUUUAAAAUAUGUGAUUAUUUCGUGUUGCUUUUAUGUUUGAACUAAGUUUCAAAACUGUUGGUGCUAUUUACUGGAAUCAGACAGGGUUACUGACUGCAACUUGCUUGAUAAAAUGACUGAAACAAACUUGUUUGCAUAAGCAAAAUCUUGAUGGGGAAUAAUUCGCUUUGUAGUUUGUACGAAUUGGAUUGCUAGUGAGUUCAUAUUAUGCACUGCUAUGCUGUACCUUCUGUUGGCUAAAAGAGUACAAAUUAUAACAUAACAAGCGAAGAGGGGAAUGCUGUUGCUAAUGUACUAUAUUUGUGUUGCCUGGGCUCACACUUGCUUGGAUGAUACAUAACACUUGAAGCAUUAGAUCUGCAGGUUUUACAAGAUAUAUCUGUAAAUGCUUGGUGUGUCAUUGUCGUGUAAAAUUACAAAUAUAUACCCAAAUUUACUCAGCCUUCUUGAUAAAUGCAAAUCAAUGAUUGAACUGAAGCAACUUCAUGCUGUUGUGAUCUCCUCUGGUUUAUCUCAAGAUGACCAAUUUAUAUCCAAAAUUCUUUGUUUUUCUGCUCUAUCCAAUUCAGGUGACCUUAACUAUUCCUACAGGGUUUUCUCCCAGCUUCCCUGUCCAACAAUUUUUAACUGGAAUACAAUCAUAAGAGGCUACUCAAAUAGCAAAAUUCCAAACCAUUCACUAUCUAUUUUUCUAAAGAUGCUGCGACUUGGGGUUGCACCCGAUCACUUUACAUACCCAUUUCUUGUGAAGGCAUCAGCACGCCUUUUAAACCAGGAAACUGGUGUAUCUGUGCAUGCACAUAUUAUAAGAACUGGGCAUGAGUCUGAUAGAUUUAUCCAGAAUUCUUUGAUCCACAUGUAUGCUUCUUGUGGGAAUAUUGUGUGGGCUCAAAGGGUAUUUGAUAGUAUACAGGGGAAAAAUUUGGUUUCAUGGAAUUCCAUGUUGGAUGGCUAUGCUAAGUGUGAAGAAAUGGCUAUGGCUCAGAAAGUUUUUGAGUCCAUGCCAGAGAAGGAUGUUCGGUCAUGGAGCUCUUUGAUUGACGGUUAUGUUAAGGCUGGGGAAUGUGGGGAAGCUAUGGCUAUCUUUGAAAAGAUGCGGGCUGUUGGGCCCAAAGCCAAUGAAGUCACCAUGGUGAGUGUCUCAUGUGCCUGUGCACACCUGGGUGCUUUAGAGAAGGGGAGAAUGAUACACAAGUACAUAGUUGACAGUGGAUUGCCAUUGACAUUGGUCUUGCAGACUUCUCUUGUGGACAUGUAUGCCAAAUGUGGGGCAAUAGAGGAGGCUUUGCUUGUAUUCCGUGGUGUCUCUAAGAGUCAAUCCGAUGUGUUGAUUUGGAAUGCAAUGAUCGGAGGUCUUGCAAUGCAUGGUUUAGUUGAAGAAUCCCUUAAAUUGUUUAGGGAAAUGCAAAUAGCUGGUGUUGUGCCUGAUGAGGUCACAUACUUGUGCUUGUUGGCUGCCUGUGCCCAUGGAGGGUUAGUUAAAGAAGCUUGGUAUUUCUUUGAGAGUCUUAGUAAAUGUGGCAUGACACCUACAAGCGAACACUGUGCUUGCAUGGUAGAUGUGCUGGCACGUGCAGGUCAAUUAACCACUGCAUACCAAUUUAUUUGCCAAAUGCCCAUAGAGCCAACAGCUUCCAUGUUAGGUGCUCUUCUUAGUGGCUGUAUUAACCAUAGAAAUUUAGCUCUUGCAGAAAUAGUUGGCAGGAAGCUUAUCGAGUUAGAACCAAAUCAUGAUGGUAGAUAUAUUGGCUUAUCAAAUGUUUAUGCGGUUGACAAACGCUGGGAUGAUGCAAGAAGCAUGAGAGAAGCUAUGGAGAAAAGAGGGGUGAAAAAAUCACCUGGGUUUAGUUUUGUUGAAAUAGCUGGAAUCCUUCAUAGAUUUAUUGCUCACGAUAAAUCACAUUAUGACUCAGAGGAAACUUAUUCUAUGCUAAAUUUUGUUGUCUAUCAAAUGAAAUUUAGCUGUCUCAAAGACAAUCAUGAAAGAUCAUUGAAUGAUACAUCAAUGGAAGAUGACUUGCAUCUCUUUUGAGUAGAUGGUGUUAAAAGUUUGUACCAAUAUUAUUUUUGGAAGAAUUAUCAUCUGGAGCUCAAAGUCAUUUAUCAGAUCAGAAGUCCUUUUAGUUAUGGGUUUAGCAAAACUUUUAGUUAUGUGUUUUUGGAGUUCAGAGAUUUUUCCUGCCUUAAAAUUGAGGCACCAUUCUCUCACCAUAAUUUUUUUCUUCAAAAAAAAAAAAGAAAAAAAUUCAGGCAAUAUGAAGGUUACAACUCGUUAAAUGUAAAUUUUUGAACUGUAACUACCAGUUAAUGAGUGGGAAAAAAAUUUGCACUCCCAAAUAGUUAGAUGUACUGCUUCUUUUAUUGCAAUGUAUUUUUAUCUUUUGUUCCUGUUGCAGAUAUAUCGUCAGCUAAAAUUAAAAUGAUAAGUGACCAAUAUGACAUGAGUUAAUCAAUUCGAUCUUUAUUGGAAUUGGAUACAGUGGUCACAGUGAAAUAUAUCAAGUAUUCUUGUUAUCUGAAAUGAACUUGAUGUUCCAGGUUCAGAUUUUUUGCUUGCUGAUGUUCCAGGUUCUUACUUGAUGUCCAGUAUUCUUGUUGCUGAUAUUUUUUUUUAUUAAUAGGUUUAAUUUUUAGAUUGAUUGAUUCAUUGAAAGUGAAAUUAUUUUCUUCAACAUUUGACCAUUAUUCUGGUGAAACAUAUUCCUUCCCCCCUUUAUUUAAGAUGGUGCAAGCACGAAUUCUUUAAUAUUCCAGAUAUUGAUGAGUGGAUGCUGUUCCAUUUCUCCAUGUGAAGUUGGAAUUCUUGUACUUCGCAUGUACAAAUCCAUAUAGUAUAUAUGUUGAGAUAAAACUUCAAGAUUAAGCAUGCAAUGGUUGAUGUUUAGGUUAAAGUCUAUUAUUGACUCGAAUAAUUGACAAAAUAUUUAUCCUUAGGCUAAAUAGCACAUUACUUAUUUUGUAUAGAACUUAUCAGCUUUUGGUUCCUAUAAAUAGCACAUUACUUCCUUUUUGUUAUUUAGAGAACUUGUGUCUUGCAAUGAUUAGAGUACACAUUUGGAUCAUUGUCAUUUGUGGCAUUGCUAUUGGCAUUCUACAUCUUGAUUUGUUUGCGUAUCCUUCAGAACAUGUUGCCCUUCCUCUUUACUUUUUCCCCAUAGAAGAAUAUACAUGCCAGCAAUAACCAAGGCAGAUCCUGCAAUACUGCUUAUUGCAGAUGGAGAUACAUUAGGUGCAGUGGAAUGCAGAAAGGGUGGAAAUCAUUAAAGAGUGAUUAAAGAAAUCAACCUUCCCAGGCUUUGGAAGAAUGGUGCGACUCCAAUAUAUAGAGGAAUUUAAUAGCCUCCAAGAGCAUGGGAAUAAACAUGAUGACAUGUUUUUCACUUUUGCUUGUUUUAAAUUUCCCAAUGUGGAAACUUACAUGUAAUCUUACUGGACCAACUGCCAAGUGUGGUGAUAUUCGUUCAUAGAACUUGUUUAGAUACAAGUUAAAAGUAUUUUUUUUUAGAGUUUUUCUAUUGAAAAUAAAUAGUAUUUUUUGGUAGAAAAAUUCUCAAAAGUAUUUUUAAACUUGUAUCCAAAUAGGUUCAUAGUUAUGGAUUCACCUCAUUCUAUUGUAAAUUGGGAAAAUAUCAGAUCAAUUUUGUUGCAGUCAAAUGGCCAUAUUUUACACGUUGAUUCCUUUCA